CCUGCCUUGUGCUUUCCGGCUGUCGUGGGAGAGGCAUCUGGGCUCGGACAGGGGCCGCCAUGGGGAAGGUGAAUGUGGCCAAGUUGCGUUACAUGAGCCGAGAUGACUUCAGGGUCUUGACCGCGGUUGAAAUGGGCAUGAAGAACCAUGAAAUUGUUCCCGGCAGUUUGAUUGCUUCUAUAGCCAGCCUUAAACAUGGUGGCUGUAAUAAAGUUUUAAGAGAAUUAGUGAAACAUAAACUCAUAGCUUGGGAGCGUACCAAAACUGUCCAGGGCUAUCGGUUGACAAAUGCAGGAUAUGAUUACCUAGCUUUGAAAACACUUUCUUCUAGGCAAGUAGUUGAGUCUGUUGGAAACCAGAUGGGUGUUGGCAAAGAAUCAGAUAUUUACAUUGUUGCAAAUGAAGAAGGACAACAAUUUGCAUUAAAGCUUCACAGACUAGGAAGAACCUCCUUUCGAAAUCUGAAAAACAAACGUGAUUAUCAUAAACAUAGGCAUAAUGUGUCUUGGCUUUAUUUAUCUCGUCUCUCUGCCAUGAAGGAAUUUGCCUAUAUGAAGGCAUUGUAUGAGAGGAAAUUUCCAGUUCCGAAGCCAAUUGAUUACAAUCGUCAUGCAGUUGUCAUGGAACUCAUAAAUGGUUAUCCACUAUGUCAGAUACACCAUGUUGAAGAUCCUGCAUCAGUAUAUGAUGAAGCUAUGGAACUAAUUGUCAAACUUGCAAAUCAUGGGCUGAUUCAUGGAGAUUUUAAUGAAUUUAAUCUCAUUUUGGAUGAAAAUGACCAUAUCACCAUGAUUGAUUUUCCACAGAUGGUUUCAACUUCUCAUCCCAAUGCUGAGUGGUAUUUUGACAGAGAUGUUAAAUGCAUUAGAGAUUUCUUCAUGAAACGUUUCAGCUACGAAAGUGAGCUUUUUCCAACCUUUAGGGAUAUCAGGAGGGAAGACACUCUUGAUGUGGAGGUUUCUGCCAGUGGCUACACGAAGGAAAUGCAGGCAGAUGAUGAACUGCUUCAUCCAUUAGGUCCAGAUGAUAAAAAUAUUGAAACAGAAGAGAGAUCUGAAUUCUCAUUUUCAGAUGGAGAAGUGGCAGAAGAAGCAGAGGUUUAUAGGUCAGAAAAUGAAAGUGAACAGAACUCUCUAGAAGAAUCAGAGGGCUGCUAUUGCAGAUCAUCUGGAGACCCUGAACAAAUAAAGGAAGACAGUUUAUCAAAAGAGAGUGCUGAUGCACGGUGUUUUGAAAUGACUGAAUUCAAUCAAGCUUUAGAAGAAAUAAAAGGGCAGGUUGUUGAAAACAACUCUGUAACUGAAUUUUCUGAGGAGAAAAGCAGAACUGAAAAUUACAACGGGCAAGAUGGUCAGAGAGUUCAAGGAGGAGUCCCUGCUGGCUCUGAGGAGUAUGACGAUGAAUGCCCUCAUCUAAUUGCCUUGUCAUUAAAUAGAGAAUUCAGGCCUUUCAGAGAUGAAGAAAAUAUGGGAGCUAUGAAUCAGUAUAGAACAAGAACUCUGAGUAUCACUUCUUCAGGCAGUGUUGUAAGCUGUUCAACAAUUCCUCCGGAACUGGUGAAACAGAAGGUGAAACGUCAGUUGACAAAACAGCAAAAAUCAGCUGUCAGACGUCGAUUGCAGAAAGGAGAAGCAAAUAUAUUUACCAAGCAACGUAGGGAAAACAUGCAAAAUAUCAAAUCAAGUAUGGAAGCAGCUAGCUUUUGGGGAGAAUAAUAUUUAGGAUCUUGGAUAUGUUUAAUAUAUUUUUAAAGUUACUGUAAUUCCUUUUUGAGCCAAGGUUAUCAUAUAUUAAUAAAUAAAUAAACUCUCUUUCAUCUAUAAAUUUGGGUCAUUCAGUAUAUGUCUUGCAAAGAAUAAUUAUCUGCCAAAGCAGUCCAUUUUUUCAAAGUAAUUUGGGUAACUAAAAUAAAUAACUUUAUUAGAGAUAUUUGCAUAUUUUAAAAAAUCUAAACAUUUUUGUUGUUUUUU